ACGGUAGCAGCCGAUAGGCACGGAUGAAGCGCUCCACUUGCUGUUACCUCUUCCCUAAAGCGUUGCGUACCGUAUGUCCCAAACUACAGGCCCAAUGCGUCCAGAGCGUCCGCGAGAGCGGCACAAUAAUUCGUGCCAACCUUGCCGCAUUCAACAUCGCUGCGGCACCCAGGACCGAGACUCGCUUACCGAUGGGAAGUGUUCGGACUGCCGGAGGCUGGGGGCUGCGUGUAUCUAUGAGGCAAGUUUAAUGAGUGACGGAGCCACUACUACCGUUCCAACGGGUGUCACUGUUUGCCCAUUUGAGGGGCAUCCAGCCAGCGCACAUCUUCAACAUGAUAUGAAUUCUGCUAGCGCUCUCAACAGAGAACGACCCGCACAGUCCCUUCCUCCCCCACCAGAUGUGAACGGCGAUGAUCACGAGCACUUGAGUUGGAUGCUUCAACCCGUUGACUCACCUUCCGGCUCGGAAGAAGGCCUCCCCUCCUUAAAGCCCAAUCGCAAAAACUCGAUGCUUCCUGUCGCUGUGGACACACAUCAUUUUUCACGAGCGCAAGUGCCGACCCAGUGGUCUCCUCUCCUACAUGCCGCACCUGCCGUCGCAUCGACAGCUCUCAUCCAUCGUCCUCCUUGGAUGCACCGACUGCCUCAAGUCGAUGCACCUUGUGAUCUCACUGGGCGAGUCAUUCAACGACGGGGUCUAAUGAAUCAAGGGAGUUUUGCAAAAAUUUAUCGGGGUGAUUUUGAAGGAAAUAUCGUGUGUAUCAAGGCUCUGAAAGAAAUAUGUAUUUCAUCUCGCAAGGAUAUUGCCAAGUUUUGUAAGAGACUGCUGCGUGAGGUGAAAGCUUGGGCCACAUUGAGGCACCCAAAUGUAGUUGUAUUCUAUGGAUGGAUGUUGGAAUACUCUGAAGAGGACAACACUAUAUGUGCCAAGUUGAUUUCAGCGUGGUGUGAAGGGGGGAAUGUUUUAGAGCACCUGGAACUGGUUGUGGAUGUGUCUGAAGGCCUGAUGUAUCUUCAUUCAUGGGAUGUGGUUCAUGGUGAUAUCAAGCCGGAGAACAUUGUGGUUAAUGCAGAGGGCAUGGCUAUGCUCUGUGAUUUUGGGCUGUCAUCCAUACUUUCUGACCUCUCAAUGCAUGAAGAAGGAUCCAGCAUCAUCAGCACUGCACGUUUCACAUCCCCAGAGAUCCUCAGUUGCCAUGUGAAAAAACCCAAUAAAAAAAGUGAUGUUUGGGCUUUUGGCUGUGCAUCAGGACAGGUGCUUUUCAACAUCAGGCCAUAUGUGACAUUGCCAGGGAUCCUUGAUGUCCACCAUGCAGUGGUGAAUGGUGAACCACCCUUCACAUGGAAUGAGCCCGAUAAAUUCUUUGCCACCAUUGAAAGAUGUCUCAAAUGGGACCCAGAAGAGCGACCUAGCAUUGAGGAAGUAACUCAAAACUUCAGAAGCUUAUACCACCACUGAGUUUCUAAUCUUCCUGGAGAUAUAAUGCAUGUGUGUUCUAUGUUUUCCAUGUGCUGUACAUAUGACCUGGUUGUCACAAAAUCAGAAUGUAAUGGGAUUCCAAUGUCAAUUCUG